GACAACUAUGUCCUUUUUACCGUUUCCUAUCUGUGCCAAAAUGGUGGGGGGAGGAGUGACAGGUGGAGGAGGGACUCAAGAGGGCAAUAAAUGAUAAGGUUUAUUUCCCCUAGAUCUCCUUUUUCAAAUCCCGUGUCUGCUCCCCCUCCCCGCCAGACAUCCAGAAAACGUUCCCGAAGAAGAUUGUGAAGAGAGUCCCCUACUCCCAUGCCUCCGUCCCCAGUCUGGGAACUUUGGGGGCCGGUCUUUCAAACGAUGGGGCCAGGGUGAGUGCCCCUAGUCCAGCCAGGAGAGGCUGCAUGGUCUGUGAGUCCUGCAUGGUCCUGCAGCUCCAGCCCUCCCGCGCACCGCCCACGCAGUGCUCACACUAGUGGGGGGGGAGAUCGAAUGGCCCCGGGCCUUGGGGGCGGAGCAUAGCCGCAGUGCUCGCAGCUGAACCAUGAACCGAUGCCCCCGCAGGAGCUGGAGCCCGUUGGGGCAGGCAACGCGAUCUCUCUACCAGCUGGUGACUGGGUCGCUGUCCCCAGACAGCGUGGAGGAUGAGUUUGAACUGUCCACUGUAUGUCACCGGCCCGAGGGUCUGGAGCAGUUGCAGGAGCAAACCAAGUUCACGCGCAAGGAGUUGCAGGUGCUGUACCGGGGCUUCAAGAAUGAAUGUCCAAGCGGAAUUGUCAAUGAAGAGAACUUCAAGCAGAUUUACUCCCAGUUCUUUCCUCAAGGAGACUCCAGUACCUAUGCCACUUUUCUCUUCAAUGCCUUUGACACCAAUCAUGAUGGCUCUGUCAGUUUUGAGGACUUUGUGGCUGGUUUGUCAGUGAUUCUUCGGGGAACCAUAGACGACAGGCUAAACUGGGCCUUCAACUUGUAUGACCUCAACAAGGAUGGUUGCAUCACCAAGGAGGAAAUGCUUGACAUCAUGAAGUCCAUCUAUGACAUGAUGGGCAAGUACACGUAUCCUGCACUCCGGGAGGAGGCCCCAAGGGAACAUGUGGAGAGCUUUUUUCAGAAGAUGGAUAGGAACAAGGAUGGUGUGGUGACCAUUGAGGAGUUCAUUGAGUCUUGUCAAAAGGAUGAGAACAUCAUGAGGUCCAUGCAGCUCUUUGACAAUGUCAUCUAGUUCCCCAGAAGAGGGGGUCAGUGUGUCCUGGGGGGACCAUGCUCUAGCCCUUGUUCAGGUGGACCUCACCCUUCUCUUCCCAGGUCUGUCCCCACCCUAGCCCUGCCCUGGGGGCUGAAGGGAACCAAGAGCCUGGGGAUACAGUAGCCCAGAUCACUGGAGCUGAAGGGGCCAGGGAGCGGGCAGAGUACAUCUAGGGGGUGCUGCCUAGGGUCUAGAGCUGCUAACAGCUCCCACCCACUUCCUGCCUGACACCCAUGUGCUGAGAGUGCCCCUGCUGUCGAAAAUGAGUGGCCCCCUACCUCCUACCACCACUGUAGAAACCAUGACACUAGACAGAAUGUUUCCUGCUAUGGUGCUCCCCCCAUCCCUGAUCUCAGAAACAUUUCCCCUAAGACUCCCUUCUCAAAGAGGAUGCUCUGUCCUUGGUGCCGACUGGCCUUUCUGACCAGACUUUGAAAGCCCUGUGGGAGGGGGACAAGAAUGUAGAGGGAGGAGUCUUGGGCCUGGGCCAGUGGCUAGGUCCUAGGAGGUGGCUGGGGUAAGAGGGCAGAAACGCCUGGGUUGAUUGUCACUGAGAGCUCAGGCAUGCCACGCCAUAGCUCUGCUACUCCUAGGCCAUUGAAAUAUGAGUUUCCAGGCUCUUCAGAAGACCCUAUCUCCGUGGAAGCACUCCAGAAAUUUUCCAUACCCUCUUCAGUAUAGGAGAGCCUGAGAUCCUGAUGUUUGGCUCAUUCCUGGAAUUCCUUCCUCUCCUUCCUUCCUGCUUGUGUGGUGGUGGUGGCGGCAGGGGAAUCUGAGUGGGGAGAUGUCCUCACUGAUGCCUGCUAAAGUUUCAGCCUAUCCUCUCUGCUCAUCACGCAUUUUGGUUGCUCUGGAUUUUCAUUUGCCAUGUCCUCUAGAUUUGGUGGCAUGGAGCAAGUCAGGGACCUUCCUGAACUUGGGCUUCUAUCGCUUCUUCCAGUGAAUGCCUUAGAAGGAAGGGGGAGGAGGGAGGCAGGCAUAACAUCUGAACCCAGGUGUGGAGGCAUUCAUUAGAAUCUUUGAUCAACUCAGGCUCCAUCCCCAAAGCCUACAUGACCUCAGUUCCCACCUAGGGUUUCCUCUUGCUCUACCCAAUCUGCCCAGAGAUGUCCCUGAGCACACUUAGAGGGCAGGGACCAUAGAUCCCAGGUCCCAUCUCAUUGUCAGCACCCCUGCCAUGCUGCCACCCCUUAGUAUACCUGCUUGUCCCAUUCAGUCACCCUCCUAGCCAGCCAGGGUCUGAGGGAGAGAACCCCUUUUCCCAUCAGAACACUGUUGACUGCUUUGCAUUUUUGGCUCUUCUGUAUAUUUUGUAAAUAAGAAAUACACCAGAUCCAAUAAAACACAAUGGCUAUGCACAGGCUGUUGUCUCUGCCUUUUUGUCCUUCC